GUUUGAGAAUGUCAAUGUUUUAAUAAGUGUUCUGUAGUGAAUGAAGUGUGUUUUAUAAAACCACACUUUACCAGGAAGGUAUUCAUAAAGCCAAGAUUUACAGAGACUUAGAGCUGUUUGGUUAUAUUUGCCCGACUUGGUAACUUUGAUCAAAAUUGCCACCUUUGCUAAAAACUCAUUUUGCCUAUUCAUAGCCAAACCAAGCAUUUUCCUGCACAACAUCUUUAUUGUAAGCUUACUUAAAGAUGCCAAGUGUUGAUUUGUUUUGUUUUGCUGUUUUGUUAUUCUAUCCUGGUAAUACUGUAAACAAGUAAAACAUGUCUUAAUGCAAUGAGGAAAACUUACGUUCUAAAGAAUCCCACAUCUGGACAUGUGGGAAAAUCCUUCUCACUUAAAGGCAUGACAUAAUCCAGCUCUACUAACCCAUAAAAGGAAAUUAAAUGUCAACAUGUAAUUAACUUGGGAAUCACUCCUACCCCAGCAAAGUAUUUAUGUUUGCAGACAUUCCUCAGUCUGGCAUCAGCAGUUUUGGGGUUUUGUAGAGUACUUCUAUUACACAUGUAUGUCAAGAAAAAAGAUUUUUCACCAUAUGAAUAAAAAUGGGGGAAAAUACUACAAUGCCAUCUGAUAUCCUGGAGAUCCGAGGAUUUGAAAUAUCUCCAGAGUACAUAUACCCUCUGUUUUUUUUACUUUUGUUCGUAUACUCCACUCUGCUCUUUUCUAACGUCGGCGUUCUCACACUUAUCAUAAAGGAAAAGAGUUUGCACCAGCCCAUGUACUUCCUCUUCUGUAACUUGUCUGUGAAUGACCUGAUCGGCAACACAGUCCUGCUGCCUCAGCUUAUGGCUCAUGUCCUGUCCACCAAACGUUUCAUCACCUACAACCAGUGUUUGCUUCAAGCUUUUCACAGCCACACCUUUGGAUCUGCAUUGCACAUGAUUCUUGUUAUCAUGGCUAUCGACAGAUACGUGGCAAUCUGCCACCCUCUGAGGUACAGCUCCAUCAUGACUAAUAAAGCUGUGAUCGGCCUGUCUGCCACUGCCUGGGGCGUUUCUUUACUCCUAGUGUCUGUGCUCUUAGGUCUCACAGGCAAGCUGUCCCGCUGCAGAUCAAUUAUACAAAACGCCUUCUGUGACAAUCCAUCACUGUUCAAGCUUUCUUGUGAGGACGUGUCCAUUAAUAACAUAUAUGGUCUGUUUUUUACGGUGCUGCUGUUUACUUGUUCGAUUGGAGGCAUCACUGCUACUUACAUCAGAAUAGCUAUCAUCUGCUGGAUGAAGAAAAACAAGGAAAUGAAUAACCGAGCGCUUCAAACCUGCUCAAGCCACCUCAUUCUUUAUCUGAUUAUGCUCUGGUCAGGGUUCCUAUCUAUUAUAUUGCACCGAUUUCCAGAUUAUCCAGACCUAAGAAAGAUUGCAUAUAUUUUAUUUCAUGUCGUGCCUGCCAAUUUAAAUCCUAUUAUUUAUGGACUACAAACAAGAUCAUUACGAGAUAAGAUUACACAAAUACUCAAAAGAAAAACUGUAAUUUCCAUCUAGAUGUUUAUUUUCCUCUGCAUUUUUACAUUUUUACUAGGCCAGUGCCCUAAUUUAAUUAAAAGCUUAGAGCUUAUAGGAUUGUGAGACAUUUUCAAUUUAUAUUUCUAUAUCUGAUGUAUAUUCUGAUGCACUCUGUUGGCACUCUAAUUGGGAACUCUUCUUUUUUAAAUCACUGUAGCACACAGUGAAUAAGCAACAACUUCCAU